UCGCCGCCGUCGCCGUCCCGGCCGCUGGCUGGAAGAGGGGGAGACAUUUUAGCUAUUAGCUGGCUAGGUCUCUUUAUCUUUGGCCAUGGCCUCGCCACCGCACGCGGUGAUUGUGGGAGCCGGACCUGCGGGCUGUCUGACGGCAAUCUACUGCAUCAGGCGAGGGUUCCACGUCCAUCUGUUCGACAAGAGGACGCCACCUGCAACAGCAGACAGAUAUGUUGGAAGCGAUUCCCGCUCCUACACAAUGCUACUUACCUGCCGGGCCAUUGAGGCGCUCCAGGCAGCACAAGUGCAAGUGCCCAGCUCGCUCAUGGGGCCACUCGUAGGAGGCUGUGUGCAUCUGCCCAACAAGAAGACGAGAGUGUUCACCUAUACGAACGGGAACAGUGCCAGCUACGGUAUAAGCCGGAACGGACUUGUGUGGUACCUCCAGCGCGUGCUUCUCCAAAGAUAUGCGAGCCAUGUCUCGACCCACUUUGAAUAUGAGCUGGCCAAGAUAGACGAUGACAAGUGCGUGGCAGUGUUCCAAUCCACUCGCGAAGAUGGCGACAGCAUACAGGUGGAGUAUGGCCUACUCGUCGGCGCUGAUGGAGUUUCGAGCAAGACCCGGAGCGAGAUGUUGAGGCUGGAGGAGACUCGACCAGAGGCUCCCCCGCUCACUUUCAAGUAUACCCGCAAUCCUGAAAGCUACAAGUCGUUCUACGUCUCUCCCGCACUGGCAAAGUCUUCUCCACUCUAUGUCCAUCACAAUUACGUCCAGAGCUGGCCAGCUCUCAACAUGUUGCUGGUUGGCAUGGCAGACGGCAGCUUUUGGGGGGGCUCCAAAAAUUCGGAGCUUCUAAACGCAACCAGCGGCGCUGCUGUUGAGCGUAUCUUCAGGGAAACAGCUCCCGAGGUGUAUGAUUUACUCUGUCAGCAAAACUCCGACUUUAGUGAGGAUUACGCAAAGCAGCCACGCAUUUCGUUUGGUGGCGCAGUCGUCCUCUCCCGCUUCCACCGCCGCAAUAUUGUGCUCGUCGGUGACGCCGCUCAUGCCAUGUUCCCUUCAUACGGCACCGGCUGCAACGCUCUGCUGUGGUCGCAUGUCCCGUUCAAGAGCAUCAUGCAGAAGAAGCGGGUCGAGGACACAGUCUUCGCCGUGGCCCUUGUCGCCCCCGUUGCGGCUCUCUUGUUUGUUUUAAAGAGUGUCUAG